AUGCGUGUCGACAAUCAUAUCCAUCUUCGCCAUAUCAUGCUCUACCACUUCGAAAAGGGAUGGUCUGCCGCAGAGUCGUUUCGCGAUCUCAAAGAACUUUUUGGUCAAGGAACAAUUGGACGUGCAACAGUUUAUGAAUGGUUCGAUCGUUUCAAGUCCGGUAACACAAGUGUUGAUGAUGAACCAGGAAGAGGACGGCCAUCAGAAUUCGAUGACAAGGCACUUCUGGAAGCCGUUGAAGAAGACGAAAGCCUGACAACCAAGCCCUACUACUCUCCUACUGAAGCCCCAACGGACUACCACGUCAAUCGAUCGCUCAAAAAUUGGCAAACAAAUAAGAUCUACAACGAUUUGGAUGACUUGAUAGACGAUGUUAAAGCGUGGAUUGCCUCCAAAGAUCGUUUAUUCUUCGCUCGUGGAAUCGAUCGUCUUCCAAGCAAAUGGCAAUCAGUUAUUGAUGUAGGCGGUGAAUAUGCUCCAGAA